AUGGGUGAACUGGAGCAUGGAACAUUGUUUUCAGAUCAUAGGAUUAGUGGUGGAGACAAUUUGGUGGUUCCCACAAGAAAUGCCCUUUGCAGCCAGAGGUACAAACCUGUUGACUACAAACAUCUGUAUGAUAUUGCUGCAGAGGCAAAAAUGGCCUCUGCACAAAUUCAGUUAAAGAUUAAAAAAGCAGAGCAAGUUUCAAAAAUUAGCAAAGAGCAAAUGCUGCUGAAACAGCAUCGUCAGGUGUGGUGGCAAGAGUAUAAAAGACUGAGUGAGAGCAGGCAAAAGGCAGAAGAAGAAAUUAAGACUUUUCUUGAUGAAGGAAGCCAUAAGAACAGCUUUUUUUUUGAUUUGAGGAAUUUGGAGCAGAAAUUGUCCAUGGAGUGGGACACUUAUCAAACAAACACUUUAGCUCCUGUCUGGCAGCUGAAACUCAAGCUGGCUAAAAUGCAGCGUUACCUCUCAAAAAAAUCUUGUCAGAAACCUGAGAUCAAUUCAGCUGAGGUGUUACAGCAGAUCAAAUUUAUGAAGAAGCAACAGAAGGCAAUUCUGGAAGGUCUUAUCCCUGAAAGUCUGGCUUUGGAAAGAGAGCUUGAAGAGUAUAAAGAAAAUGCAUCAGUGCGCUCUUCUGAAGAGAAAAACAGGCUUUUCCUGGAAGUUCCUCCCGAGCUGCUGGCUCUGGAAUGCCCUUACCCUGACCUGAAGACCUUGGUGAUGGAGGAGUACCAGGAGCUCUCCAGGGGCUACUGGGUGAAGCUUCAGGAGGUGGAUCAGCAGCUGGAAGCUUUAUCUAGGAGCAGUGACUGGAAGGAAGAUGAUCAGUGGGUUUUCCAGACUGUUAUCAAUCAGUACCCAAGUGAUCUUCAGAGGAGGAGGACUUUGUACCUGGAUGUGCUGCAGAGGUAUCUUCCCCACAAAUCCAGGCAGGAGCUGGUUGCUCAUGAGAAGGCUUGGGAUCAUUACCAGUCCAUCAGGAACCGGCGCAGAGUCUUGCUGUUAACCUGGGCUCAGGUUAGGAAAGCCUUUGUCCUUAGGGCGGUGGCGGCUGCUGCUGAAGCUGCUGCUGCUCAUGAGGCAGAAGUGGUGCUGGCUGAUUGCAGGCAAAAGCAGCUGGAGAUCUGUGCUGAUCUGAAAGCAAAGGUUCUACAGUGGAAAGCACAGCAGGAAGAAGCUGCUAAAUUAGAAGCUGCUGUAGCUGCCAGAAGAAAAGAAAAGGAAGAUGAGAGAGAAAGGCUACAGAGAGAACAGGAAACCGUUCGUAGAGCUCAGGAUAAAGAGAAACUGAAAAAAUACUGGGCUGAGAAAGAGCUCAAGUGGCAAGAACAGGAGGAAAGAGAUCUACAACAUCUGGAGAAGCUGAGAAAAUUAAUGGCUGAACAAGCAGCUAAAGACAGAGAAAGGGUGCAGCUCCGACGAGCCCUGCUGGAGCAGCGGCUGCUGGAGAAGAAGGAGCUGGCCCUGCUCCAGGCCCGGCAGCAGCAGGAGAAGGAGAAGCGCCUGGAAGCGCUGCGGCAGCGGGUUGCCAUUGUUGCAAAAUUAGAUCCAGCCAGAGCAGUGGCUGACACGGUGGCGUCAAAAGCUCGCAUGGGCGUUGGAAGCAAGGAGGAGUUUGAGCUGCAGCAGCCCCUGUUCAGGCUGCACACGUACAGUGAAGAGCAGGUCAUUUCUGACCCCAGGCUCCGUGUUGAGCUCGCUCUCCGAGAAGCUGGACUGCAUAAAACACUUUAUGCAAGAGAGGUUUUGUCAAAACUUCCACCACUGAAGCUUCCAAGAAGAGACAUGGAAUCUACAGCUUUUAAAAUGUAGAGUACCUCUCAUCUGAGGGGCAGAGGAGCAUCAGGGGUCUGGUCUGACCCACAAAAUGCAAAUCUUCAACAAAUUCCCUUUGAUUGUGUCCGAGAAGUGCUCAGUUGUCCGUGUGUGCAGCCAUUCUAAAGCACUCCAGGCCCUUCUGAGCUGCCCUGCCUGCCGUGGCUCUGGAGAGCUUUGCUGCUGUGGUGUGACUGCCCAUGUCCCUUUCGACUGGAGCUGGGGCACCUUGGAAGGGACUCCUCCACAUAGCACAGGCAAUCUGAUGUGUAGCACCUUGAGUAGAAAUUCUUGGGAUCUAAUUUGCAGCAGAAGUCCAAAAUAGCUUUGCGCAGCAGUUACUUUAUAUUUUAUUAUUAUAUUAUUAUUUUAUUACUAUUACAUGACUACAUCUCACCAUUAUCUUUCCAGGUUACUUGAGAAUUUGAUUAUUUUAGUUAUAAAAUCUUCACUGCCAUGCCUGUUUCUAAUAUUCCUUGAUUAUGAUGAGAUGAAACUUAAACCUUUGUCUAUAUUUAGAAGGCAACUUGCUGCAUCAUAUUUACUGCAAACCAGUCAUACAAUUUCAUAUUGUAGAUUAGUCCCUCAGUAUAAAUUAUAAAUAGAGCUGGGAUCUUUAUUUCUUUAUUUUCUGGUGUGACAGACUCGACUCCUGAGAGUGAGCAAAGGGUCAACCCAGGGGCAGCAUAAUCCCAGUGUUGCAGCUGAGUUUAGUGGGGAAAUGCUGCAGAGCCUGCCCUUGUCUAGGGGAGAGACAUCUUCUGGGCUCAGCUUCUGUGUGCUUGUACUAAAAUUAUGAUUCUCUGUAUAUUUGUGUGUUUUAUUUUUGUAUCUCCUUUGGGGUAACUUGUUAUUUUUCAAACACACUUGGCAACCUCACAACUGGCUGGAUAUUCCUGUGGGGAGACUGGCAGUGUUUUGCUGUGAGGAACAGACUGGCUGUGAGACAAUUCCCAGAAAGGCAUCAUCCCAAACCUAGGCAGUAAUUUUUUUUCCCUUGCCUUUAAAAGCAGAUCUAUAAGAUAAAUUUUGCACCACUGAAAUUGAGAUUAUAGGUGUGAUAUUUUUUAAAUACCAAUAUUAAACAAUAUGUUAAUGAAAAAGAAAGUUUAAAGGAGCAGACAUUGGUUUUGAAAGAGUGGGCACGUUUGUAGGCAGGGACUUAUUGUUUUAAUGUCUGUCAUUCUCAGGGUGGAGACUGAGUAAAAGUCUAUAGAAGUCUGGGCUACCUCAGUGCAACGGUAAGUCAGGGCCUUUAGUGAUACAGUGAGGCCAGAAUGAGGAUUUUGGGGGGGAUUUUCAUGUAAGAGUGGAGCGUGGAGAACACGUGGGUCAGUAAAAGGGUAUUUCACACAUCACAACCAAGGCUGCUCAUGCCAGAGAGCUCUGCAGACCUCUUGGCUGUUCCCCAGCCUGGCCAGACACCUUUCC